AUGAAGAGUCCAUUGUGGAUGCUGGUGUUUGUGUGUGUGUUUGUUCCCGGCCACGGCGACUGCCCAGGGGACUGCCUGACCUGUCUCGACAUCCUGCCCAGAGAUCAAGCCUUCAACACACUGGUAUGUCUGGUCCAGUGCCAUGGCAACAUCUCCCCCGGCCACAGCUGGGACGCCUGCCGCAGGGCCAUGGACAAGCCCUUGUACUCCCACUCCCACUCCACAGGGGGCGCCGCUGUUGGGGAGAUGCAGGUGGACGUGCCCGCUCUGCUGCCCCUGGAGCAGGCUGGUGAAGCGGCAGGAGGGGGACUUCUCUACUCCGCCGGAGCCCUGCAGAGGUUCGACCACGUGGCCCGGGCCCUGGGUCUGGGGCUGGGGGAGCAGCAGUUGGGGGGACCCCUAGGGGCCAGCAGGGGCACCCGGCUGAGCAGCAGGUCCGACACGGGGCUAGGAGAGGAGGCGCAACAGGCAGAUGAGGAGGAGGACGAGGUGGCGCAGCAGCAGGCUAUCAACUUGACCAAGCGCUUCGGUGGCUUCUUGAAGGGCAAGUACGGCUACAAGAAGCUGGUGAACCCCUCCCAGGGCAGGUCCUACCAGAAGCGCUACGGCGGCUUCAUCGGCGUGCGCAAGUCCGCCCGGAAGUGGAACAACCAGAAACGUUUCACGGAGUUCCUGAAGCAGUAUCUGGGCAUGAGCACGCGGGCCGCCGAGUACAAGAGCGUCUCCACCGAUCUCAACCAGCAAAACGAGGUGUAA